GGGUACGCAGUUGAAGAAAAUACAUGGACACCCGUGUUUCCGUGUAGGGGCAGUUAAAAAACGGUCAUAUUUCCCCGUGUAGUCAUUUCCGUGUUCCCGUGUUUUCCGUGUAUGGUCACUCUAGACACUGCGCAGAGUAUGCCAAAAGUGGCAGAGCCUCAUGUCGUUUUUGUAAUGGAACUAUUGAAAAAGAUUCUUUGCGAAUUAGCAAACGAGUACGAGUAUGUUGAAAAAGUUCUUAUUUCGAUAAUAUGAGUGAACAUUGGUAUCAUGUCGAUGGUAUUUUUUCGAUUCCUCUGAAGCCUGCAUCUGUUGCAUUAAUUGGUAAUUUUGAUAACAUUCAAUGGAACGACCAGGAACUUCUGAAACAAAAAGAAGAAGGCGCUCUGAACCAACGAAAGGCACCUCAAAGGUGAUGGUUGUUUCCCCAAUAACUCUCAAACGACCAACAUUAGACGAUUUUGACAACUAUAGAAUCGAAUACGCUCGAUCUAGUGAUACAGAAUGUUACUGUAAAGAUUUAAUCGAAGAAGGUGAGAUUCAAGUCUGCAAAAAAGAAGAAGAUACAGGACUUUUUGUAGAUUGGCAUCAUCUUCGAUGUUGGGCUGAUCUUCGAGAUGAUUUCAAAUUUUUUUCAUCAGGAAGUUGUCUUCCUGGAUUUCAUAAUCUGGAUAAAAGAAACCAAGCUAUUGUUUUAGAAAAACUUCCACCAGUCAAUAAUGAAAAUCUACCUCCUGCAGCCAAACGCGCACAUCUGAAUACCGUAAAAACAGCAGGAAUGAAUGAUAUGGAUAUUAAAAUGAUGAUUCAGAAUGAAAAAUUCUUCAAUAUGAGAAAUAAGUUGGAAAAUCAGAAAGUUACUUAGGAGGAUAUGCUUGCUAAGGAGGAUAAUACAAUAAUCAAAGGUGGGCUAGAUCUCUUGAUGAUUUAAGAGAUGUAGUUGCCGACCGACUAGCUUUUGGAUCAGUAAGUGAAUGUCAACAAUGUUCUGGAAGAAGAAAAUUCAUUUCUGGUUUCGGAUAUGUAUGUACCCAAUGUGAUGACAUUAGUAAAAGCCCUCCAAAAAGUAAAUUUAAAAUUCCUCUUAAUUUAAAAGAAAAAUAUGAAUUUCUUAAAUUUUUGACAUGAUGGAGUUUAAGCAAUCUGAUUGUCAUGAAAUUAUUGAUCGUGAUAAGCUGACAGACUCAGUAUACUAUAAGAAUUCUAUAAUAGAUCCAAAAACGGAUUUUCAAGGAGUUGCCAAUGUUUAUCAGUGUAACGGCACAAAAUAUGUUGCUACUCUUGGAUUCACAGAUAUUAAAGCCGGUUAUAAUUCCUUUUACAAGCUACUAAUUUUGCAAUAUUGUAACCAAGAAAAAUACUCUUUUUUUCGUAGUUGGGGCAGAACCGGUACCCAAAUAGGAAGUUCAAAAGUGGAUAUAAUGCCGCUUGAUAUGUGCAUAACGAUGUUUGAAACUGUAUUUUUUGAAAAAACUGGAAAAUAUGGAGUAAACGAUUUCAAUUUAGCAAACAUCCGUAUAAAAUGCACCUAAUAAAUCCAAGAUGGUGUAGAUUUCACUCAAUUAACGAAUCUCAAUUCACAAAUAAAAAGUAAAUUAUAGGUAAAGAUACAAAAUCUCAUGAAUUUAAUUUUCAAUAUAAAUGUUAUGAACAAUUUAAUGAUAGAUUUCACAAUUGAUAUAGACAGAAUGCCUUUGGGAAAAUUAUCCCAAAAUCAAAUAGAGAAAGCUUACAAAGUAUUGCAAGAACUUCAGGAUUUAGUUUUGUGUAGUACUUCUACUAAAACAGCAUUUGUUGAUGCAUCCAAUAGAUUUUACACAUUAAUUUGGUAUUACUGUGCCACCAAUUAUCGAUAAUACGACUAUGAUUAAACAAAAAUGUGACAUGCUAAAUGCAUUAAUCGACAUAGAAAUUUCCUAUAAUCUUAUUAAUCAUCAAUCUAAUAAGGAUCAACAUCCUCUAGAUGCUCACUACGAAAAACUUAAUACUGAAAUUGAUAUUCUUGACAGCGAUAGUGAAGAAUACAAAAUGAUUGAAAAAUAUGCAAAAAAUACACACGCUCAUACUCAUUCGGAUUAUACAUUGCAGAUUGAAAAUUUUUUUAAAAUCGAACGCCAUGGCGAAGCUAAUAGGUAUCAACUUUUCGAAAGGCUCCAUAACAAAAAGCUUUAUGGCAUGGAUCACGUACAACGAAUUUUGCUGGAAUCUUAUCUCAAGGCUUAAGGAUUGCGCCUCCAGAAGCUCCAACUAGUGGUUACAUGUCUGGAAAGGGGAUUUAUUUCGCAGAUAUGAUAUCUUAAUCAGCUAAUUAUUGUUUUGCUGACAAUAAAAACCCUACUGGUCUCCUAUUACUUUGCGAAGUUGCUUUAGGUAAUAUGUAUGAAAAGCAUAGAGCAUCCCCGAACUUUAGAUUACCUCAAAAUAAAGAUUCUACCUUCGGUAGGGGAAAAACUUUUUCACAUCCAAAUGAAUUGUAUAGGUUCGUUAAUGGAACUGAAGUUCCUUAUGGAACUCCAGUUUACGACUUGGAUGCAACUGAUUUACAAUUAUUGUAUAAUGAGUAUAUUGUAUACAAUCCUGCUCAAGUUAGAACUCGAUAUUUAGUUCAAGUAAAAUUUAAUUUUAGAUCUUAAUUAUAAACUUAUUCAUACUUUUGGAAUUAACCUUCUAAAUGGCCAAAUAAGGGAAAACUUUUCGCAGAAAUAGAGUAAAGUAAAUAUUGUCUAAUUUUCAAAAGCUAUGGCUUAAAUUGUAAGAAUACAAGUAUUUCAAUAACGAAAAAUAUAACAGUUUUAUAAUUAUUAUAAACAAUAAAUACUUAGUUAAAUUUGCCAAAGUUUCAAUAAUUAAAAACAUUUAUUUACUGUACAAAUAUUUACUCUACUUAAUUUAUCUGCUUAGAAAUCUUUAAUUUUGAUAUAGCUGAUAAGUUUUUUUUUUCAUUGGUUACAAUUUGAUCAAUAAUUACCUAAACUAUCACGAAAUUGUUGCAUGUGAUGGAAAAAAAUUAGUCAGAAACUUCAUUUAAAUUCCUAUGUUGGCAUUAAAUUUUAAGUUCAUUUUUCCUCUCAUCAGUGUAAAUGUUUGAAAUAACA